CUGCGACGCCGCUUGCGACAGCCAUGCGCCACUUGGCAGCCUUGUUGUAUACGCCUGCUGUCGGCUGUGUGAUAAGAUAGCAACUGCGAAGCUAAAAGCUGUGAGGUGAAUUUCUACUAAAGUUUGGAGUUAGCAAAGUGACGGAGGAGCGGAGGGAGGCGGUGAGUGCAGCGGCGAGCUGAGCGGAGCCUCUUCCUCCUCCUCAGAGACGGCUGUGAGAGUGUGACAGGACAGGAAGACUGCCAUGUAGCCGAGGCAGAAGAAUGAGCUUUCAGCAAACUCCAGCAGAGGAGGGGACAGACGACCACACGGUCCAGCAGGAAAAUGAGCUGGAGGCUCUCGCGUCUAUCUUUGGAGAUGACUUCCAGGAUCUGCGGAACAAGGAUCCGUGGAAGGUGAAAAGGCCUCCAGAGGUGCACCUCUGCCUGCGGCCCAACGGACUGAACAAUAGACAGGAAUGCUACGUGACAGUAGACCUGCAGGUCAGAUGUCCGCCCACAUAUCCAGACGCGCCUCCAGAGCUGGAGCUGACUAAUGCCAAAGGUCUGUCGAAUGGUAACCUCCAGAGCCUUCAGAAUGAGCUCAUUAAGCUGGCGGCAGCACGAUGCGGGGAGGUGAUGAUUUACGAGCUAGCAGUAUACAUCCAGGGCUUCCUGAGCGAGCACAACAAGCCUCCGUCGAGCUCCUUCCACGAGGAGAUGCUGAGGAACCAGCGGAGAGCACAGGAGAAACGAGCUCAGGAGGAGCAGCAGAAGAUGGACCAGCGGCGCAAACAGGAGGAGGAGAUGGAAAAAGAGAUCAUGGCUGAAAUCCAAAGAAGGGAGGAGGAGAAACGAGAGGAAAAGAGAAGAAAGGAGAUCGCCAAACAGGAGCGGCUUGAGAGUAUGGAGCAGCCACUUACUGCUAAUGCCUCCCUGUUAGGCAGGAGCCCACCCAGCCCGAGUGGAGCUCCUCCCGAAUUGAUUGAAGCCAAAAAAACAGCUGGGAACCGCCGCCGGACUACCUCAAAUACACGCCACAGACGUGACACGGCUAAUGAAGACAGCCCUCGCUCACAGGAGCUCCUCCAUUUCUACAGCAGCACGUUUGGGGAGCUUGUUGUCCACAGAGGGAAAAGCUUAGGUGACAGCGAGAGGCUCCGCCGUAAUGUUUAUUACGGAUUUGAGGCAAACUCCGGAGACUUUGCUGUGAUCUACGAGUGGACGCUGCGCUGGAACAAGAAGAGGAGCAAGUUCUUCACCAGCCAGGAGAAAGGAAGGAUUGAGAACUGCAAAAAGCAGAUUCAUGCGGCAGAAAAUGAGUUCAACUCCCUCCUGCGGUUGGAUCACCCUAACUUGGUGCGCUACAUGGCGCUGAGCUCCACGGAGAAGGAGGACUGUCUCGUGGUGAACCUGCUGGUGGAGCAUGUUGCCGGCAUCAACUUGAGCCAAAGCCUCACCAACCACACUCCGGUCCCUUUGGAUAAACUGUGUCACUACACGGCCCAGCUGCUGGCUGCUCUCGACUAUCUUCACUUCAACUCUGUGGUGCACAAACAGCUGGUGGCCUCCAGCGUGCUGGUGGACUCUGAGGGCAACAUUCGACUGACUGACUACAGCUUAUCGAAGCGGUUUGCUGAUAUCUGCAAAGAGGACAUAUUUGAGCAAGCUCAUGUACAUUUCUCAGAGGACACGGCGAUGCCGACAAAAACGGGCAAAAAAGGGGACGUGUGGAACUUGGGGCUGAUGCUGCUGUCUCUGAGUCAGGGGAAGGAGGUGAAGGAGUAUCCAGUAACUGUGCCGGCCAGCCUGCCCGCUGAUUUCCAGAAUUUCCUCCACAAGUGUGUGUGCCUGAAUGAUGCUGAACGCUGGACCACCCAGCAGCUUUUAGACCACGCCUUCCUCAAGCCUCCAUCACCUAAAAACCUGCCACAGCACCAGGAGGCCAGCCCAGAAGAUCCUGGUGUGGACUUUCCAUCAUCUGUCAUCCCACGAAGCCACAUCCUCAACGCACCCUUUAGCUCCGGAGUGCAGCGGCAGUUUUCUCGCUACUUCAAUGAAUUUGAGGAAAUCCAGCUCCUUGGAAAGGGAGCCUUUGGUGCUGUAAUUAAGGUUCAGAAUAACCUGGACGGUUGUUACUACGCUGUGAAGCGCAUCCAGGUCAACCCAGCCAGUAAACAGUUCAGACGAAUCAAAGGUGAGGUGACGCUGCUCUCACGCCUUAACCAUGAGAACAUUGUCCGCUACUACAACGCGUGGAUCGAGCGGCAUGAGACACCGUCUGGAGGGAUGCUGAGUAACACCGACAGCUCUGAGCCGUGGAGCACUUCCGACAAGCCUCCGCAGCACAAAGAGCCUCCGAAGCGCAUCAACGAGCUGGGCCUCAAUGACAACGUGGAGGAUGUGGCGCCACCUCCGGCUCUGUCCAGCUCAGUGGAGUGGUCCACCUCCAUUGAAAAAUCCUCGAGCGCCAAAUGUAGCGGACCACAAUCGAGCGAUGAGGAGGAUGAUGAUGAGGAAGAAGAUGUGUUCGGUGCUUCCUUUUUGCCAUCAGAUAGUGACUCCAGUAGCGACAUCAUCUUUGACAAUGGUGAUGAAAGCAUAGACGAGAUGUCUCAGGUUGAGCCGAGUAAAAGACCUGUGAUGGACACAACAGAGAGCACAGACUCAGAGCGACCCCCCCUGAUAGUACAUCACUUGUACAUACAAAUGGAAUACUGUGAAAAGAGCACUUUAAGGGACACAAUAGAUCAGGGCCUGCACCAGGACCAGACUCGGUUAUGGAGACUCUUCAGGGAAAUACUGGAUGGCCUCGCUUACAUCCAUGAGCAGGGCAUGAUUCACAGGGACUUAAAGCCUGUCAACAUCUUCCUUGACUCGCAGGACCAUGUGAAGAUUGGGGACUUUGGCCUGGCUACAGACCAUCCUGCUAAUGUGGCUGCAGGUAAAUUUGAAGCGGAGGAGAGCAGCUCAGCAGUGAUGCCCAAACCAGACCCAACAGGUAACAUGACAGGCAUGGUUGGAACUGUGCUUUACGUCAGUCCGGAAGUUCAAGGAAACACCAAAGCCACCUACAACCAAAAAGUUGACCUCUUUAGCCUGGGCAUCAUCCUGUUUGAGAUGUCCUACCGGCCCAUGAACACGGGUGCUGAGCGCAUCUCUGUCCUCAGCCAGCUGCGCAUGGAGCCCAUGAUCUUCCCUGAGGACUUUACUGUGUAUGAGCAAAGAACCCAGAGGAAGGUGAUAGAGUGGCUGUUGAAUCAUGACCCAGCCCUGCGGCCCACCGCUCAGGAGCUGCUGAAGAGUGAACUGCUGCCUCCACCACAGAUGGAGGAGUCAGAGCUGCAUGAGGUGCUGCAGCACACCAUGGCCAAUAUCAACGGCAAAGCCUACCGCACCAUGGUGGGCCAACUGUUCGCCCAGAACACUUCUCCGGUCAUGGAUUACACCUACGACAUAGACCUACACAAGGGCAGCUUCAGCUUCAACAGUGCCAAAUUGCAGCAACAUGUGUAUGAAACAAUCACCAGGAUCUUCAAGAAGCAUGGUGCGGUGCGUCUCCAGACACCGCUGCUCCUCCCCAGGAUCAGGAAGUUGUAUGAUGGCAGCGAGCUGGCCUGCUUCAUGGACCACAGCGGAAUGCUGGUUACACUGCCCUAUGACCUUCGCAUGGCGUUUUCAAGAUUCGUCGCUCGCAAUAACAUAAUGCAUCUGAAGAGGUACAGCAUUGAACGCGUAUUUCGCCCCAGGAAGUUGGAUCGCGCGCACCCAAGGGAGCUUCUGGAGUGUGCUUUUGACAUCAUCACACCCGUCACCAACAGCCUGCUCCCUGAUGCAGAGGCCAUUUACACUGUCUCUGAGAUAAUCCAGGAAUUCCCUGUGCUCCAGGAAAGGAACUAUAACAUUUACCUGAACCACACCAGCUUGUUGAAGGCCAUCCUUCUCCACAGCGGAGUCCCCGAGGACAAACUGAGCCAGGCCUCCUCGAUACUGUGUGACGCCAUGAGCGAAAAGCUGACCAAACGUGAGGUGGAGGCAAAGUUCUGCAACUUUUCCCUGUCGACCAGCAGUUUGCAGACGCUGUACAAGUACAUAGAACAGAAAGGGAGUCUGCAGGACCUGGCGCCACUGCUGACAUCACUCACCAAACAGAAGACUGCCGUCACCCAGCUGGCCAAGCAGGGCCUUAAGGACCUGGAGGAGAUCACAGUGCUGCUGCAUAGACUGGGAGUUAAACUGCAGGUGGUGGUUAACUUGGGCUUAGUAUACAAGGUGCAGCAUCACUCUGGGGUCAUCUUCCAGUUUGUGGCUUUCAUCAGGAAACGCAAGCGAACUGUGCCGGACAUAGUGGCCGCUGGAGGACGCUAUGACCACUUGAUCCUGGAGUUUCGAGAGCCAGCUUCCACGGUGCCAGUGCGCUCUGCAGUGGGGGCCAGUGUGGCCCUAGACAAAGUCUGUGCUGCUAUUGCCAACAUGGAGGAGCCACUGUCAGUGAGCUCCUGUGAUGUGUUGGUGGUCCCAGUAGGACAUUCUUCAAUGUCCAGAGCCAUUAAUGUUGUCCAGAAGCUGUGGAGCACCGGCGUCUCUGCGGACAUCGCCUACGAUGUCUCACAGUCUCAGGAGACACUGAUGGAGCACUGCAGGCAGGCCGGCAUUAACUGCAUGGCCCUGGUCUCUGACAAGGAGGGGAACUAUGUGAAGGUCAAAUCCUUUGAGAAGGACAGACAGUCUGAGAAACGUAUUCCUGAGUCGGACUUAGUGGACCACAUCAUUCAGAAAUGUCGGACCAAAUUCUCUGAGGAACGAAACAUCAGAGAAAUCUCUGAGAGCAUGUCUCAGAAUCCAAAAGGAUCACUGCUCAACACCACAGGCUCUUCAGAACAGCACGGGAGUAGUGGCAUCAUGAAUAUGAAUGUGAACGUCAUCAGCCCAGAAAAAGUUUCUGCCAGCACCAGACGACGCUAUGAAAUAAAUAUCCAAACCAGAUUACAGAACCUCGGUAGCAAUUUGCAGAACAGAAGCAAUGACAUUGAAGUUCUGGCAGUGGACCUGCUGAAGGAAACGCUGAUCAACUUCCUGUCCCUGGAGUUUGAUAGUGAAGAGCAGUUCAACAGCAGCGUGAAGACUCUGCUGUCUCGUCUUCCCAAGCAGCGCUAUCUGAAGUCCAUCUGUGAAGAAAUCCACCAUUUCAAAAUUACCAAAAAGGUUUCUGUGGUGGUCUUGUACAGUUACAAGGACGACUACUACAAGAUCCUCCUCUGAAGGCCAGGGGGUUCCAGUGGCGUGGGAGAUGCCCCCCUCAGCUUGAGGCUCUGGACUCCCAGGGACUGUUUUCAUUCUUGGGCCGACACAAUCUGCUCGAGGACUGAGCCCCAAAGAAACAAUAUAUACCAUGUUGAAUGGUAAUUCAGCUGUUGGACCCAAAAUCCAAACCUUUCACAAAACCUUCAUUGGUUUUGUGGGCUUUCUCAGACAAACCUGGAUAAGAGGUUCACUUGACUUUACUGCCUUAAUAGAACAAUAGAAACUGAAAGAGAAAGGGCUUUUUACUGAAAAUUAUGUGUCAUGAAGGCAACAAUUUUACAUUUCUAUUAAGCAACAGGAUGACUAGGAGGAAUAAAUCGCCUUUUCCCACAUGUAGCUGUGAAUUUGUGUCUGUUUUAGUUGUUCAUGUGAAUAUAACAGCUACGUGCGGUCUGAUGAUUAACAAUCUGGAUGCAAAAUAUUACCUCAUAAGCUAAUGCUUAUCUUUAUG